ACUCACUAUAUCACCGACAGGAGGGACUAACCUUCUCCAAUGACAUCACUCACUUCUCUCCUCGCGCUCAGCUCAUCGACUUGAGGUUACAGAAGGGUUAUAGUCACCCGCUGCGGACGCAGGCAAUGUUUCACACCAUUCGUUGUCAAUUGUCACGCACCGACACUCCAAAAAGUGCUUCUUCGGGCAAAGGGAGCCUUUGGGGGCAUGAUGGCAGAGGAGAGCAGGGGCAAACGAAGGAAGCAAGCGAACCCGAGAAGGAAUCAAGUGGACAUUGAGCAGGCCAGUUCGCUGGGCUCGGAGGGGAAGGAUGAUGAUACGGUGGGUUUGUGGAGCCUAGAGGUCCAGGACUAUCAGGACAGCCUGGACAAGACCAGUCUGACCCCCAGUGAGGGAGAGGGUGACGGGGAGGGGACUGAGCCAGCAGGCAGCCCCAGCCCUAGGGGCCUCUCAACUCGGUCCCACAACCUAAGCCUCAGCCCCAGCCCCAGAGGGGGCCACUGGGCAGAGGGGGCCGAGGAGGAGGAGAGCCCUGGGAGUGGGCUAACCAUGGAGGACAAGGAUGGAGAGAGGGAGCAGGGAUCACUCAAGACCUAUACAGGUCACAGGUCAGACAGUCAGGCCCUGGAGGACAUGGCCCACUAUGACUUCCUGGUGCAGCUGAGAAAGGCAUCCUCCCACCACCCUGCCUCCCACCACUACCACCAGCACCAUCAGCCCCCUAACGGCAGCGCUACAGCCCCAGCCAUGUAUCACCCUGGCAGCCUGAACCUUCACGAUGACCCCCUUCCCAUCUGGUCUCCUGGGACGCAGCGCUCACCUGAGGGACAAGAUGGCAUCCCUCUGAGUCCGGAUGCUAUGAGGAACCUUCAGGCAUGUCCUUUCUGCCAGCGCACCUACCACCUCGGUGCGUCUCUACGCGAGCACAUCAAGUUCUGCCAUGAGCGGGACGGGGGGCACAUGGUGUGCCCGGUCUGUGGGUACACUCCCCGCUAUAGGGCACAGAUGGAACAACACAUGGCACUGCACAGUCAGGUAGAGGAUAAGCACCCUGGGUCCGACCAUGGCAUAGAGAGCAGGAAGUUCAAGUGUCUUCAGUGUGGGAAAGCCUUCAAGUACAAACACCAUCUCAAGGAGCACCUCCGCAUCCACAGUGGUGAGAAACCGUACGAGUGCUCCAAUUGCAAGAAGCGUUUCUCUCACUCUGGCUCCUACAGCUCACACCUCAGCAGUAAGAAGUGCCUGACCGGAGGAGGAGGAGGCAGCGGAGGAGGAGGAGAAGGGAGCUAUAACAACGGACAUGGCCACCAUGGGGCCUACUACUCCUCCCUUGCGUCGCCCUCUGCAGGUAGUGGAAGGAACAGCAGUAGGAUGGGCUCUCCCUACCCUCCCCACACCCAGGAGGAACGUCCUCCAAUGGGGUUAGAGAGGAACCUGUAUCUCCCUAGAGACCAUGGUACGCGUCUCCUCCGGGGCCAGGAGCUAGGCUGGGAGUUGGGCCGGCGGUGGGACCCCACGCCGGAACGCUUUCUCCGGGCCAGUGUGUUCAAGGAGUCCACCCUGCUGCCAUACCUCCAUGCCGGCACCGGGGAAAAGUUUGAGCAGAUGCUGCAGGCGAUGCUGCACAGGGAGGAGGGAGGGUCAGGCUCAGCCAGGGAAGAAGGAAGACUGGGGGUUCACAAUGGCGGGAGAGAUGGGAAGGCAUCACCGGAGGCUCCGUUGAAACUAAAACGCGACCGUGCCGGCUCGGGUGAUGGCCAGGGUGUAAGUGGAGGGGUAACAUGUCGUUGGUGCUCCCAGCUCUUUCCCAGCCCCGCCAUCUUACUCCAGCACGAGCGCUACCUCUGUAAGAUUUACCGAGAGGCCAUGGAGGUGUCUGAGGAUCCUCACAGUAAAAAACACCUCUCCCCCCUCUACUUCUCCACCAGACCCCCUCUCCACCCACCACCAUCACCAGAUAACCACAAACCCCCAGCGAUGACCAAUGGUUUCCCGAAAGACAAGUCUCCUCUCCAGAGACCCAGCUGGAACUCUGUCCCUCAGCAGCUGCUGGUUGCCAUGCACUCCCCCUUCCCGCCCAGCCCAGACUCACUUGCCAUGAGGUCCCAUUGUUCCAGCCAGGAGAGUGGCAGGAGUGAAGGCAGCCCUGGCCAACCAGCACCAACCAGCCCUGCUACAGACAUGUCAUCCCCUCCCCCAUUGGGGCAAAGACGGGUCCCCUCUUCAGGGUUCGGCUCGCACCUCUGCCUGGACCUGUCCUCUGCCAUCCUCAACACUCCUGCAAGCCGAGCCGCCCCCCAGGGAAGGACCCACCGGUCAUAUAGCUCUGAGAAUGACCAACCCCUGGAUCUCUCCCUCCCCAAGCCCCAGGAGGGGAAAGCCAUAGAGGACAGCAAGCCCUAUAAUGGACACCCUCACUGGGAAGAGAAGAGACAGAAGACCCAGAGAGACCAGGCAGAGAACCAUCACCACCGGAGGCUGAGUGUCAAUCUCAGUCCACCUCCUCACCAGCAUCAUGCAGUCUACAGCGGCACUCAUAUUGUCGGGGGUUCCAUCUACAGUGCCUACCCUCUGUUUAACCCUAUGAUGCCUGCUGGGCUAGCUGGCUCAGAGCAUGAUGGGGUUCCCUCCCUGCCCCUCAGCCGUCCAGUUAGCAGCCAGGGAUUCCUCUCACCCAUGACCUACAUGAUGGAGUCAGACACAGACGCUGUGCUGAAGAGGAUCCACCAGGAGAGACGAGCAUUAAUGGGUGAGGUGAUUGGCCGCGGGGGUCUGGACUACCUCUCUCUGAUACAGGAGGGAGGAGAGGGCGAGGGGGGACCGGGGAGGAAGAGACUACAGAAGACAGACGAAGGCCUGUACGCUUGUGACAUCUGUAACAAAACCUUCCAGAAGAGCAGCUCUCUGCUCCGACACAAGUACGAACACACAGGUAAGCGUCCUCACGAGUGCAAGAUCUGCAAGAAAGCCUUCAAGCACAAGCACCAUCUAAUUGAACACAGCCGCCUGCACUCUGGAGAGAAGCCCUACCAGUGUGACAAGUGUGGCAAGCGCUUCUCCCACUCGGGCUCCUACUCCCAACACAUGAACCAUCGGUAUGCCUACUGCAGCCUGCACCAGGACCAGGAGGGGGGUGAGGAGCUUCCUCUAACCCCAGGAGGGCCCACCGAUGUGGGCCACAUGGCCGUGGACACCCCCCUUUCCAUGGAGGACAACCCAACAUUUCUUAGUGACUCCAGUCUAGAUGGGGUGAUAGAAGGGAGAGUAGAUGAAGAGGAGGAAGAAGAGGAGCACGAGACAGAAGAGACUGAAGGCGAACGUAUGAAGGAGGCACGUAGUUUGUCAGGGUCAAGGUCUGGUGAGGGAUUGGGGCCGAGCCCCAGUCUGGUACAGGGGUCCACUGUGGGGAGGGACAGAGAGAGAGAACAGAGGGAGAGAGACAAAGAGCAGGUCGACAGACACAAUGAAGAGAGAGAGAGUGCUGGUCUAGGGACUCACGGACUAGUAGAGACCAACCAUCACUGGGACAAAGACACAUUGGAACGAAAUGGAGACCAGAACACAGACACAUACGAGCUGAGCCCGGAAGCUCCAGUGUCACAACAGUGGACAAGUGUGCCAAAACAAUGCAUCUAGCUACAUGUACAAAUAAGGAUUAAGAGUUGUGGGAAAAUAUAUUUUAAAAAUGCACUGUUCAAAAUAUAGCAAAACUUAUACUGUACAAGUACAGGAAGUGACUUCCAAUGCAAAGCCAUAUGAACACAACCAAAAUAAGAACCACAUGAAUUGACAGCAUAACACAAAUUGCAUAGUAAGAGCCAUGGGUAUGAUAUUCACGCUGGUCGGUAUGUUAGCAUGCACAAUGUUGACCACUACAUAUCUGUCAUCACAGCUACCAGUUGACCACUUACGCCUGGUUUAAGGUAAAGGUAAAGGAGUAUGGACUGCAAGGUGAUGUUGGUCAUGUUGUUCUGUAGCAAGCAGUGUUGUUCAAUGUGUUUCCAGUUGCCUUAUCAGUAUAAUACAGUAUUUUUUAUUUGGCAAUACAAGUAUUCACUUUUGAAGUUUUUUAUAUCAGAUUUGACAUCAUAUUCUCCAAAGACCAAGAGGUCUCUACUGUAUCAAACAAUUGACCUCUGUGCUUUAAAAUGAAUGAAGCAAUAAAUAAUAACUAUUAUUCAAAUUAGAAUAAAGGGUUAAAGAUGUAUUAUUUUUUGCCAAAUCUACAAAUUGGUUUAGGAUAUAUCCAUUAUGACUGUGGUCAGCUGUGCAUUAAUUAUGAGCAUUAGUAUGCAGAUAGAUUAGUGCCAAAUUAUGUAAAUUAGUUAUAUUGGCACUAAUAUACUGUAUCUCCAUACAGAUUUACCAUUGGGUUUCACACCAAAUUUCUAGUGCUGAUACAUUUUCUAUAAAUAACAAGUCACAAGUUUUCUGAAAGGGACACUUUGGUAUCGGUUUAUGACCAGCUGACAAGAGCUCAUUUUAAAAAAAAUUGUUUAUAAAAAUGGGAAUAGAUGUGUGAGAGCUUUUAGACUGUAUUAGUAGUCUGAUGGGGGAAAAACCCAAAACAUUGAAAGUCAAUAUAUAUAAAACAUAUUUAAAUAAAUAAAAAGAGUUCUUAACAGGGUGGGUUAACCAUUGGGUUUUCAUGGUGACUAAUGAAUGGCUAAUAUACUGUUUAAAAGAUCAACAGGGAAGCCGGUCACUACAAACGCUCACUCAAAUCAAAUCAAAUGUAUUUAUAUAGCCCUUCGUACAUCAGCUGAUAUCUCAAAGUGCUGUACAGAAACCCAGCCUAAAACCCCAAACAGCAAGCAAUGAAGGUGUAGAAGCACUGACUUUUACACUGAGCCAUUAGGAAGUUGAACGUUGGGUAGCCACCCUAAGCCUGGUAAAGUAAAUUGAUUUAUCCAUACCUUACCAUAUUUCUACACACAACAGAAAAACGAGAGUCAAAAUUAAAAUGGUUUUAUUUUGUUUUCUCUGAAGAAGGAGCAAAUAAAUGGAACUUGUACUGCCUCACAAAAUAUUCCAUAUCUCUUAACAGACAUGUGGAGUUGCUUUGUCUCUGUUAGAAAAACGCAAAUACAUUGUCUCGCUCUAUGAAAUAUAAGUGCAGUAUUAUACUUGUACCACAGUGUAGGUUCUAUUACAGUUGCCCUCGAAUAUAUUAGCACCCUUGCACGAUUCACUAUUUCUUCUCAAAUAAGGUGAAAUUGAAAAUAGUUUCAUGUUCACACGUUUAUUUGUUUGGUUAAUAACUGCACAGGACCAAGAUAAUUUUUAAAGGUCCAAUGCAACUGUUUUUAUUGCAAUAUCAAAUAAUUUCUGGGUAACAAUUAAGUACAUUGUUUUCAAUUUAAAUGGUUGAAAAUAAACAAAAAAAUAUUCUUAGCAAAGAGCAAUUUAUCAAGCAAGAAUUUUGCUAGGACUGUCUUAGGGGAAAAGUGAAAACUAGCUGUUACUGGCAAAAAGGUUUGGAACUCUUUUGUCUUAUUGGUCUAUUAACUAAUUUACUGCAUGGUUAUGUCACCAGGCAGGCCAAAACU